AUGGCGCGCGCGGUGGGGCCCGAGCGGCGGCUCCUGGCCAUCUACACCGGGGGCACCAUCGGGAUGCGGAGCCAGCACGGCGUGCUGGUCCCCGGGAGGGGCCUGGCCGCUGUCUUGAGGACACUGCCCAUGUUCCAUGAUGAGGAGCACGCGCGGGCCUGUGGCCUUCCAGAGGACACCCUGGUGCUGCCGCCAGCCAGUCCCGACCAGAGGAUCAUCUACACCGUGAUGGAGUGCCAACCCCUCUUCGACUCCUGUGACAUGACCAUCACUGAGUGGGUUCAGAUUGCCCAGAUCAUUGAGAGACACUACGAGCAGUACCACGGCUUCGUGGUCAUCCACGGCACCGACACCAUGGCCUUCGCCGCCUCUGUGCUGUCCUUUGUGCUGGAGAACCUGCAGAAAACCGUCAUCCUCACCGGUGCCCAGGUGCCCAUCCACGAGCUGUGGAACGACGGCCGGGAGAACCUGCUGGGGGCCCUGCUCAUGGCCGGCCAGUACGUGAUCCCCGAGGUCUGCCUGUUCUUCCAGAACCAGCUGUUUCGGGGUACCCGGGUGACCAAGGUGGACACACGCAGGUUCGCCGCCUUCUGUUCCCCCAACCUGCCGCCCUUGGCUGUCCUGGGCGCUGAGGUCACAAUCAACCGGGAGCUGGUGCGGAAGGUCCGAGCGGAGGGCCCGCUGGUGGUGCACCGCAGCAUGGAGCAUGACGUGGGCUUGCUGCGCCUCUACCCUGGGAUCCAGGCCACCCUGGUCCGGGCCUUCCUGCAGCCUCCCCUGAAGGGCGUGGUCAUGGAGACCUUCGGCUCUGGGAAUGGGCCCACCAAGGCUGACCUGCUGCGGGAGCUGCAGGAGGCAGCAGAGCGAGGCCUCCUCAUCCUCAACUGCACCCACUGUCUGCGGGGCACUGUGACCUCGGACUACGCGUCCAGCAUGGCCACAGCCGGAGCCGGCAUCGUCCCAGGCUUCGACAUGAUGUCCGAGGCUGCCCUGGCCAAGCUGUCCUUUGUGCUGGGCCAGCCUGGGCUGAGCCUGGAUGACAGGAAGGAGCUGCUGGUCAGGGACCUUCGGGGCGAGAUGACGCUGCCCCGGGCCGAGGAGCGCCGGCCCUCCCGUCAGAGCGGCACUCUGGGACUCCGGGUGGCCCAGCUCCUCAGCCUGCGCCAGGAGACGGAUGCUGUUCGAGACGCCCUGACACCCAGCCUGGCCUGUGCCGCGGCCCAUGCCGGGGACCUGGAGGCCCUGCAGACCCUUGCAGAGCUGGGCGGGGACCUGAGCCUGCAGGACUUCAGUGGUCAAACUCCGCUGCACGUGGCCGCUCGGAGGGGCCACGCUGGGGUGGUCACCCUGCUCCUGCAGAGAGGGGUGGACGUGAACUCCCGAGACGAGGACGGCCUCAGCUCACUGCUGCUGGCCGUGAGGGGCAGGCAUCGGAGUGUCAUUGGGCUCCUGCGGGCAGCCGGGGCCUGCCUGUCGGCCCAGGAGCUGGAGGAUGCUGGGACGGAGCUGUGCAGGCUGGCCUCCAAGGCGGACGGCGAAGGUCUGCGGGCGUGGUGGCAGGCGGGGGCCGACCUGGGGCAGCCGGGCUAUGACGGGCGCAGUGCCCUGCUCGUUGCAGAAGCGGCUGGGGACCUAGAAGUGGUGACUCUUCUGCAGAGUCUCCAGGGUGGGGCUGAUGUCCUGGCCCCAGGUCCGGUGCCCCCAGGCAGGGCUGGCUGCUCCCAGUCCUAUGGCUAG